UUGGCAGUGUUUAGCGGAAGCAGCGAUGAAUGAACUUGGAGCAGUUUGCCUGUCAGUGUCACUUUAAACAGGCGGGACUGGCUCGGUGAGGUGGGACCGACCAAUCGGUUGCCGGCAGCCCGGUGCUUAAAGGCUGCUCGCCAUCAACUGCCCCGAGAGCUCGCUGCUGCUUGUCGCACUGUGCGGCGGAAGCGAGGGGUCGGACGGCGGAGUUCCAUGGCUUCAAACGGCGUGAUGGACAACGGGGAGAGUGGCGGAGAGCAGCAGCCGAAGCCGGCCAAGAACAUGCGAGUGAAGUACACGAAGAUUUUCAUCAAUAAUGAAUGGCACGAGUCUGUGAGCGGGAAAAAAUUUGCUACAUACAACCCAGCCACAGGAGAGAGAAUUUGUGACGUUGAGGAAGGUGAUAAGCCUGACGUGGAUAAGGCGGUGGAGGCGGCACGAGCAGCGUUCCAGCAAGGUUCCCCGUGGAGAAACCUGGACACUUCGGCCAGGGGAAGACUCUUAUGUAAAUGGGCUGACCUUAUUGAGCGAGACCGACACAUCUUGGCCACACUUGAAACGUUGGACACGGGCAAGCCAUUUCUGCAAUCAUUUGCCAUCGACUUGGAGGGAUGUAUAAGGACCCUGCGUUACUAUGCUGGCUGGGCAGAUAAGAUCCACGGGAAGAGUAUACCAGUGGAUGGAGAUUUUGUUGUGUUUACAAGACACGAACCAAUAGGAGUCUGUGGACAGAUCACUCCAUGGAAUUUCCCCUUGUUGAUGUUCAUUUGGAAAGUGGCACCAGCGCUGUGUUGUGGGAAUACUGUGGUGAUCAAGCCAGCCGAGCAGACGCCUCUGACCGCACUUUACAUGGGAGCGUUAAUCAAAGAGGUUUCAUUCCCUCCUGGUGUGGUGAAUAUCAUCCCUGGGUAUGGACCCACUGCCGGGGCUGCUAUAGCCUGUCACAAGGACAUUGACAAAGUGGCGUUCACUGGUUCUACUGAGGUGGGAAAGUCCAUCAUGGAAGCUGCCUCGAAAAGUAACCUAAAGAGAGUGACCCUGGAGCUUGGAGGCAAGAAUCCCUUCAUUGUCUUCGCAGACUCCGAUUUGAGCCUGGCCGUCGACUGCGCCUCGCAGGGGGCCUUCUUUAACCAAGGGCAGUGCUGUACUGCGGCCGCUCGAAUAUUUGUGGAGGAGAAGGUGUACGAGGAGUUUGUGCGCCGCAGUGUGGAAAGGGUCAAAAGGCGAGUGGUGGGCAACCCUUUUGAUCCAAAAACAGAACAAGGACCUCAGAUCGACCAAGACCAGCUUAACAAAAUUCUGGAGCUUAUUGAGAGUGGCAAGGAAGAGGGAGCCAGACUGGAAUCUGGCGGCUGUGCCUUUGGUGAUGAGGGCCACUACAUUCAGCCCACGGUCUUCUCAGAAGUGACAGAUUCCAUGCGCAUCGCAAAGGAGGAGAUCUUUGGACCAGUCCAAGUAAUAAUGAAGUUUAAAAGCACAGAGGAAGUGAUUAGAAGAGCCAACAGCAGUGAAUUUGGGCUGACGGCGGGAGUGUUCACCAGGAAUAUUGACAGGGCAAUGGCCGUGGCUUCUGCACUUCAAUCUGGAACUGUCUGGGUUAACUGUUAUAAUGCCCUUCAUGCUCAGGCACCUUUUGGAGGCUUCAAAAUGUCCGGAAAUGGAAGAGAAAUGGGUGAAUAUGGACUGAGUGAAUACACAGAAGUGAAAACAGUCACCAUCAAAAUCUCUCAGAAAUGCCAAUAAACUGAAGUGCGAUAAGCAGUGAAAUGGUUCCAGAAGAAGUCUGAAGAAAAGAUGAAAGAUAAAGAAACAUAAGGACAUGUUUUAUAACCGAGCAAAAUGCUUAAGUUCUUAAAAAAUAAUUCCUGACUUUGCACAAAGAAAAUAUUUUUUUAUUUCCUUCAGAACUUGUAGAUUUAAUCUGAUAUUAGCAUUUUACAGUAACUGUACCCAGAGGCUGAAGGAGACUGUCUAUUUUCUUCGUAUAUAGGACGCUGGUUAUUGGCAAAUGCACCAUCUCAGUUUCACACUGGGUAUCAUUCAUUGGGAGAUUGCCAUCAGAGCUAAUCUUCUUCCCCAUAACUAAUCAACAACCUGCCAUUAGUGCAGAAUAGCACUUCAGAAAACUUCCCAGAGGGGCAAAAAGAUAAUUGCAGUCUAUAUGUUUCCCAGAUUCCCAAUGGGCAAAGCUCAGUAUCAGGUCUGCAACUUUGAAAUAUACUUUUUUUAACAUAUUAUUCUUAAACAAAGAAACAAAUGUACCCUAACUCUUCUACAUUUCAAUGUUGGGUUUAACCCAUCAAUAAAAUUGU